AUGGUUUCUAGAAUGGGAUCACUUGCUACUUUCCUGAAGGUUCCAAACAGCAAAACAAAAUUUUGGGAAAAUCAAGAGAGUCAACAUGGUGUUCAAGCACAUGUAGGAUUCACUGAAUCUGAUUGCUAUGUGACCUUGUGGCUUCCUACUUCCUCACUGGAAAAAUUUCGAACCAAAACUGUUACAAACUGCAAAAAUCCAAUAUGGAAUGAAAUAUUCUAUUUCAGGAUCCAGAGUCAAGUCAAGAAUGUUUUGGAACUGACAAUAUGUGAUGAAGAUUUCUAUCGAAAUGACGACAACCGUGUAAUUUACUUUGAUGUAGCUAAAAUCCCACUUGGAGAAUCAAUAAUGGUAAAAUUUGAAUUAGAUCACCUGGAAAAUGAAUUAAUGGAAGUUGAAUUUACAUUGGAGAAUAUAGAGGGUCCACCUGAAACAAUAGCUACAAAUGGAGCAGUGGUGUGUCGUGAAUUCUGCCGCUUGGAGUUUCAGAUAGACAGGAAGAAGCGGAAGAAAAAGAAAAAGUAUUCUAAACAACAAGAUGUUAAAUGUACAUUAAAAGGAUCCUUUGAAGAAACUCAAAACAUUUCAUUAACUUCUGCCAACAAGCUGCAGUGCACUGGACCUUCCUUUUUCCACUAUGCCAAGUAUAAUCCAGCAAAACUGGACAUUCUUCUUCCAGGAAAGAGAUCGUUUCUCUCUUUUUUCUCUUGCAUGUGUUCUGGAAUUGGUGCUGCCAAAACCAGAAAGUUGACCUUGCCUAUACAUUCAUUUCCCCUAAAUCAGGAAAUAAUCAAAGAGGAUAAAGAAUUUAAUUUACACUUCACAACCCAGAACUGCACAUCAGAUCUAGAUGUACGCUUAGGGUUUGAUCUUUGUCCAGAAGAAGAGGCUUUCCUGAAAAAACGAAAGAAAGUGACUGCUGCUGCUUUCAAAAAGAUUCUCCAGCUUGAGGAUGAUCUGGAGGAAGAUGAGGUGCCAGUGGUGGCAAUCAUGACAACAGGCGGUGGGAUCAGAGCACUUACAGCGAUGUAUGCUCACCUACUGACAUUGCAGAAAUUAAAUGUUUUGGACUGUGUGUCCUAUCUCACUGGAUUGUCUGGCACAACAUGGACAAUGGCAUGCUUGUAUGAGGAUCCCAACUGGUCCCAAAAUGAUUUAGAAAAGCCACUCAGGGAUUUGCAAAACCAGGUGACAAAAAAUAAGUUUGUGGCCAGUUUUGCCCCCAAAAAAUUGAAGUACUAUGCAAAGGAACUGUGGCAACGUUAUCAAGAAGGGUACAGUGUAUCUUUUACAGAUCUAUGGGGAUUGAUUAUUGAAGCUCUGCUAAACAAUGAGGAGAACCCUCACAAACUUUCAGAUCAGCAGCAGGCCCUAUCUGAUGGACAGAAUCCUCUACCUAUAUAUCUUUGCCUCAAUGUGAAAGAGAAACUAAGUAAUCGAGGCUUUAGAGAAUGGUUGGAAUUCACACCAUAUGAAGUUGGAUUCCAAAAAUAUGGUGCCUACAUUCGUCCUGAACACUUUGGUAGCAAGUUCUUCAUGGGACGCUUGAUGGAGAAAAUCCCAGAAUCACGUAUCUGCUUUUUAGAAGGAAUCUGGAGUAGUGUGUUUUCUGUGAACAUUAUGGACGGCUGGUACCAGGCUACCACUUCAGAAGAUUUUUGGCAGAUAUGGACACGAGACAGAAUAACUGAUUUGAAAGAACUUACUGGUUGUCCAGAAACGUAUAAACUACCUGUUCGAGUCCAGUGUCCUCCAGGAAGCCUUGCCAGCAUUUUUCAAGAUAUUAUUAUGUGGCGACCUGCUGUGUCAUUGAUCCCCAAUUUUCUAAGAGGCUGUCCAAUGCACAACAAAUAUUUAGAGAGUGGAUUUGCAAACUGGAAAGAUUGUGAUCUUGACAGUUUUCCUAACCAGCUAAUUGGAUCUGAAGAGCAUCUGUAUCUGGUGGAUAAUGCAUUUGCCCUCGACACCAGCUAUCCCCCACUUACGAGGCCAGAGAGAAAAGUGGAUCUCUUCAUACAUUUAAAUUAUAGCUCAGGUUCACAAUUACUGCCUCUGCAAAUGGCCUCAGAUUAUUUCUCAGAACAAGGAAUUCCUUUUCCUAGAAUUAUCCCACAGGAACAAGAUGAAAAAGAUGUAAAGGAAUGCUAUUUGCUAGGAGAACAAGAAGGUCCAAAUAUUCCAUUAGUUCUCCUUUACCCCCUGGUUUGUAAUACCUUCCAAAAUUAUAAAGAACCUGGUGUGAAGCGUAGUCCUGAAGAGAUGAAUGAUGGUGAUAUUGAUGUGACAAGUACCUUUGGUCCUUAUAAUGUUUAUACUUUGGAAUAUUCAGACGAAGAUUUUGAGAAACUAGUAAAACUGAGCCAGUACAACAUCCAAAAUAACAAAAAUACUUUGAUUGAUGCUUUACGGUUAGCUGUAGAACGGAAAAAACAGUAUAAGAAGAACCUUCAUAUGCUGUGAUCUAAAACUUUUUUUGGGGGAGAGUACCUCAGUUGCCCCUGCACUACAGAACAAAUCAUUUCAUUCCAGAAAGAAAGUAAGAUAAAAUAAUGAAAAUAAUAUUUAAGAUCCUGGACAUGGAGGGGAAAAAAUUGCUGCUUUUAUGAAAAUGAAUAAAUUGUAAAACCUGAAAUGCUCUUUUAAUGAAUUCUAGUUGUCUUUCGGCAACAAAGGCACAGUGACAGAGUAAAACAUGGAUACAGAACUUUCUACAAUGAUAAAUUUGGAAGAUCAUCUGAACAAGCGCAAAAAAAUAUCCUGUGAAAAAUGUUGUUUGUGCCUUGUAAUGUUGCUGUUUAUAGUGGUUUUCUCUUUGAAACAUUUCCAUUUCUAUUGUGAUAUGUAUUUUUUCUUUGUUUCUGUAACAAAGAAUGGUAUGAACAAUAUAUGAGAAUGUCUUUCAUACAAGUUAUUUUGGUCUGGUGCCAUAUGAAUGGUGAGAAACAAUUUUUAAGAACAUAAAAUCAGUUUCUGAUAAAUAAAUAAUGAUCAGUUUAAAAACACAUGCAUAUUCAGGAGGAAACUGUAAACAUGCUACUUGAAUCCAGUUAGUUUUAUUGGUUGGAAUGAUUUUCAUGUUGCAAUGUUAGAAUUUGGGCUCUGGCUUUCCCUUGCCAGUAUGCAAGUGAUCAAAACUAUCAAAUACAAACCAAUCAUAAAGAGGGAGAGAUAUUUGCAUAUCAUCAAUGACUAGAAUCAUACUGCAUACUUUAAAUCAGGAUUUCUUUAAGCAUUGUCAGAUAAAUAAACAAUUCAUAAACCUUACAAGUUACAAAAACUAUGUUCACAUACCCCACUAAGCCAAAACUAAAAAAAAAACCCACCACAUUAUAUUGCCUGAAUCCUAUCAUUGACUUUGAGUUGCGGAAAAUAUCCCUAGGCCCUGUAUAAUAUAUAGCCCUCAGUAUAUGUUUACUCAUCAAAGAGAGAUAAGCCAAAUAUAAGACUAUUAUCCACAUAGAA